AUGCUACAGUUGAACAUUUCGGCUCUCUCCGUCAUUGUCUAUGCAGCCCGUCUUGUUUCGAGUAGGGGAGCAUUCGGCGAAAGGCCGGACCCAAAAUUCGAUGUGUCAAUGCAAUCCCUGGAGACUUUAAACAAUCGAACAGUCGAGGCCUGCGGCAUUUAUCUUCCAGAUGACAGUUUCGCCGUCAACGGCGUGCAGGAUUGUUGUCAGCCGAGUCUGGCACCUGGGCAUCAGGAUCUGUGCUGGCUAGGAGGAUGGAAAGAUGUGGAAAUUUGCCAAGGCUGGAGUCAGUAG